GGGUCGCGCCAAUCUUCCAUGCAAAUCGCCAACUCCUCUGUCCUCUAACCGUGAGCUGAAGCAAUGGCGAUCCUGAAGAGGCAUCCUUCCAUCGAGACGGCCAGGAGCCUGGGCGACGACAUGCUGGCCGAGAUCAUUCUCCGGCUGCCCGUCAAGGCCGUGGCGCGGUCCAGGUGCGUGUCCAAGGGCUGGUGCGCCACCAUCUCCGACGGCUACCUCCGCCGCAGGCUGCCGCUGCAGCUGUCCGUGGUCUACUUCCCCGGCGGCAGAGCGCCGCGCUUCGCGUGCGCGGACGCCGCCAGCGGUGGCGGCCUGCUCGAGGACCGGGACCUCGGUUUCUUCCCGUUCCUCGACGGCGCCGUCGUCGGCGACGCCUGCAACGGCCUGCUCCUGUUCCGCACCGCCGGCACGGCGCGGUUCUACGUCGUGGACCCGGUGACCAGGCGGUGGGCGGCGCUCCCGCCGCCGUCGAGGGACGCGCGGCUGUCCAUGCUCGCCUUCGACCCGUCGCCGUCCGGUGAUCCCUCUCCCUCCCCCGCGCGCCGCGGCUACCACGUCGUCAACUUCACCGGCCGGUGGCGCGAGCGCGGUGGCGAGGUGGAGGUGUUCUCGUCGGAGGCGUGGGCGUGGGCCGCGCGCGACGUGGAGUUCGGCGUGCCCCCCGGCGCGCUCUCCGGUUCGAUGCACUUCCACGGCGGCGCCGUGUACGCCCUGGCCUCCGACCCGGACUGCGUCGUGCGCAUGGACGUCGACGACCCGGAGCUCGCGUGCGCGGUCGCCGAGCUCCCCGCCGAGCCGGAGGACGGCGACGGCCGCCUCGCGCACUCCGGCGGGCGAUUACACUACGUGGCCCGCGGCGGCGCGCAGCUCAAGGUCUGGGUGCUCGACGACGACGACUCGUCACCCGCUGCGCUCCGGUGGCGCCUGAAGCACGCCGUCAAGCUCGACGCCGUCGCGGAGGGAGGGCACGGUGGGGACGAUGAUGUCCGGUUCCUGGCGCUUCACCCGGAGAAGGACGCGGCGUACAUUUGGUCGGCGUGGAGGCUCGUGGAGUACGACCUGACGAGGAAGGAGGUCACCGGAGCCUGGGAGUUCGGCGAGGGCGAGAAGAACCGCGUCGUCAAGUCAUGGCUCGUCCCUUCGUCGCUGUACCUAUCGGAUUGCCCACUGGCUGAUGCUCACACAGCUCACGUGCAGUGCUAACUCUGACGCUGACAGCCUGCAGAAUUUGUUAAGAGUCGUUUUCUGUUGUGUUUCUUGUAAGAGAUGGCUACUACUGUACUCUUUUACCUUAGCCGAUGCUUACUCGGAAUGCUGAGUUUCCGGAUGACCGCAUGCAAGAAAAAUUACGGUCGACAUGGCCUA